AUGUCGUACGAAAUGAUGACGCCGGCCGUCGAAGAACCGCAACCCAUCUCGCGAACCUACCAGUACCGCAAGGUCAUGAAACCGAUGCUGGAGAGGAAGCGCCGAGCCAGGAUCAACAGGUGCCUGGACGAGCUCAAAGAGCUGAUGGUGACGGCGCUGCAAAGCGAGGGAGAAAACGUCUCGAAGCUGGAGAAGGCUGACAUCCUGGAGCUGACGGUGCGCCACUUGCACAAGCUGCGCAGACAGCAGAGGCUGUCCACCAACCCCGUGAUCGAUGCAGACAGGUUCAGGGCGGGGUACACGCACUGUGCCAACGAGGUCAGCCGUUGCUUAGCAGCCACCCCUGGGGUGGAUAUCCAGCUGGGCACCAAGCUGAUGACGCACUUGGGCCACAAGCUGAACGAGAUGGAUAAAGUGUCUCCGCUAGUAAUUCAAGUGUCUUCGCCCUACACGCCUCCAGGAUCGCCGUGUUUGGAGGGUGGGAUGAGCAACCCUUACGGGAUGCCCUUGACCCCGGCUUCCUCGAAUUCCUCGAGGUGUUCGCCCUCUCCUAGCCAGCCGAUGGAUUGUUCGACAGCGGGUUUGCUGAAGGUAGCGAAGAAAGAAGACGUCUGGAGACCAUGGUGA